AUGACCAACGCUCAAAUCGCUGACAAUCCCUUCAGUCCCCCCAUCACCCCUGAGAAAGUGACGCCAGCGUCAACACGUCCCGAAUCUCCUGCUGCCGCGCACGGGACUAGCCUACAGCUGUCUUCCCAACACCCAGUCCCGACUUGCCAAGACGGUGUCCCGCUCGAGGCGACUCAGUCCACGGCCGCGGUGGCUGCUCUCGACCAUGACACUGCUUCCUUUUACAUCCCGCUCGGCUCGAAAGGCAUGAUCAAGCUGUACUGUAUCUGUUACGCUUUCGCAGCGAUGACAAGCAUCAACACUCUUCCCUCGUACCAGGAGUACUUCAACUUGUCCGGUGUUGGAGUCUCCACAGGCCUCAUCUUCGCUCUCUGGCCCAUUGCUGCCUGCGGCACCUUCUGGCUCGGACCCACCAUCUCAGACAGGUUUGGUCGAGUCCGCGCCAUGCGCUUCUGCGCCUGUAUCUUUCUCGCCGGUACCGCACUUAUCGCCUUUGCUCAGAACAUAGCCAUGCUCCUCGUCGGUCGCGCGCUCUGCGGAUCUGGGAUGUGCAUGAUCCAGGCUGCAAGUCCGGCCUACGUGCUCGAGACGUGCCCGCCAUUGAAGCGGGGGCUAUUUUCUGGACUAUACAGUACUGUCUUCGUGGUCGCUUUCUGCAUUGCUCUCGCUAUUGGUAUCGCAGCAACGAAGAUACCGGGUGAAUGGGGAUGGCGAUUCGUCAUCAUCAUCACCAUACUGGCCGUCUCGACGUUCUUCAUACCCGAGACUCCGCGAUGGCUGUACAACAAUGAUCAGACUGAAGAAGCACUCGCUGUACUCCAGAAAUACCACGGCUCUGGCAUCAUUACACCUGUCGUAUUAAUGGAGUAUCAUCAAAUCGAAAAGUCGCUUCUGGCAGCUAGAGAGAAGGGUUUAAAGCGUUGGGACUUCCGCAAUCUGGCGAACACCAAGGGGAACAGGUAUCGGCUCAUGCUAGCGCUUGUUAUGGGCGUUUUCGGUCAGCUAUCCGGGAUCUCCUUGGCGAAUUUCUUCCCCCAAAUCCUCGUACAAAUCGGAUAUGCGUCCCCCGCCAGCCGCCUCAGUAUGACCUUGAUCGCCUAUGUCGUCUGUGUUCUCGCUUCCACGACCGGCUUUCUCAUCCUGGACCGUGUAGGUCGCCGAAGGCUCCUCAUUGUGGGAUCAUUCGCCUGCUCCAUCUGCCUCAUGGGUUGUAUGGUCUCCGCCUCGCAAUCCGGUGUCCCGCUCGGAGCCUCCGCGCCGUCUACCAACCUCGCUGCUGCCUCUCGUGCCAGUAUCGCUUGCUUUGUUUUCUUUAUGGUCAGCUACGGGAUCAGCUAUCAGCCGCUGCUGCCGACCUAUCCAGGAGAAGUGCUCUCCACAGACCAACGUAGUACAGGCAUGGGCUUGACAGCGUUGACCUCGCAGCUUGCUAUAUUCAUCUCGUUCUUCGCAAUUCCUGUCGCUUUGGAGAGGAUCGGAUGGUGGGUCUACCUCCCAUUCGUCAUCUGGACAUUGUUCGAAGGUGUCACCUGGUACUUCAUUGCAGUCGAGACCAAGGGCCGAUCUCUGGAAGAGCUCGAUGCUAUCUUUGACUCAAAGCACCCUGUGCGAGCAUCGCUGGUCCGGACCUCUCGACUGACCGGCAAUGAGAAGGCCGCCUGA